ACAGAUGCAACAACAACAACAGAUACAACAGCAGAUUCAGCAACAACAACAACAACAACAACAAAUACAGCAACAGUUUCAACAGCAUCCACACCUGCAGCAACAUCAAAUCCUUGGUAACCUUCAGCAGCAAGGUCUUAAUAACAUGCAGAUCCAACAACAACAACUUAUAUUACAGCCACAAGACCAGCAGCAACUGCAGCAGCAGCACAUUAUAGAGAAUAUUCAGCAGCAACAACAUCUGCAGCAGAAUCAGCAACAGCAAGUCCUCAACAGCAUCCAACUUCAGGAUCAGCAACAACAAAAUCAAAUACUUACCAAUUUACAGCAACAUCAGCUACAGCAGCAGCAGCAGCAGCAGCAGCAGCAGCAGCAGCAACAACAACAGCAGCAAAAUCAAGCGUUGAGCAACUUGCAACAACAACUGCAGGAGCAGCAGGUGUUGGAGAAUUUACAGCAGCACCUUCAGGCGGAGUUGCUUCAGCCCCAAAUCCACUCCGCUCCCCAGGUCCAGCAGCCAGUGUCCCUGCUUCAACAGACUGGAGAGCUGCUCACCAUUCAGACCACCUUCCCAACACAGCCCCCCUCCCACACAUCUCCCCCACAGCAGCUCUUUCAAUCGCCGCGGCCCCUCGCUGAGACCCAGAGCCCCCAACAGCAGGUCCAGGCUGCCCUGCUUCAGAACACACUGACAGUUCUGACCAGUGGCAGUCUCAGCUCAGAGCAGCAGCCUACAGGGUCAACGUUGUACCUGUCUCCAAACCCUCAGCCCCAACAACAGCAACCACAGCUGACAUUCAUCUCCUCCAUGGAGACCUCCAACAGCCAGCCCCAGUCUGUCGUAAUGUUUCAGAACCAACCCCAAGCUCAGCUUUCCCAGAUGCAGCAGCAGAGCACCCCAAUGGAGCAGCAGCAGUCUCCACAGCAGAACCAACAACAGCAACCGCAGCUUCUCCAGCAGGGAGGCUCCCUGUUCCAGAGUAUCCAGAACCACUCCCAGCCUAACACCGUCCCUCAGAGCCAGCUUUCCCAACCCCAGCAGACCGGUCUCUUGCUCUGCACCACAGAUCUUGACCCCCAGGCUAUUCCCCCAACUAUUCUCUUCAGCACCCAGACACAAGGCCCUUCCCAGAUGGGGAGCAUUAGCGUUGGAAUCCAGCUGCCUGACCCAGCAGAGCCCAUGUCCUUCCAGGACCAGAGCUCCUCAGGUGGAGGAAACGUGUCCUCCGCUGAGAACCGGCAGCAAAGCCUGUUCCAGGAACAGCAGCCAAUGCAAGUGGGACUAAGUUCCAGCAGCGUGCAGAGCAGUCAGCCUGUGGAGCUGUUCCUGCCUCAGACCUCUCUGUCCAGCCUGCAGAGCUCUAUUGGCUCACAGGAGCUGAACCACCAGGCUCCAUCCCCUGGCACAACCAUCUUUGUGGUCCAGGGCAGUGUGGGGGUGGUAGCCAACCCUGGCCAGCAGCCCCCGGAGCAGCUUUUCCAGACCACAGUGGGUGGAAACGUGGCUCCACAAGGACAGGCCAACCUGUUUGUGUUUGGCAUCCAGAAUGACUCGCCCCAGCUGCUCAGUUCCUCCGGACCCACCCUCGCUGCUCAGAGCCCGCCUCAGAGCUCCAGUCACAUGCAGCCUCUGUUGGACCAGCCAAUGGGACAAGCUGCCUCCACCAUGCCACCUAACAUGCAUAGCAGCUUACAGAGCACCCUUCAGGCCCAAAUGCAGUCAAGCUUAGAGAGCGCCAUGCAGACAAACACACAAACAACUCUGCAGUCCAGUUUACAGGCAACCAUAGAGACAAGCCUGCCGACUCCAAUGCAGACCAAUCUACAGACACAGAGUAGCUUACAGAAUCAAUUGCAGGCUUCAAUAUCUGCAUCGUCCAACAUCGAUAAAUUUGAGGACAUACUGGAAAGCCUACAAAAGCAGUGAAAAGUGUUUAAACAUCCCUACAUUGACCAGAGUGCGUGGUGUUUUGUGCAAAUGCCACAACAUUUAGAAAACAAUUGGAUAUUUAAUAAUUAAAUGCCCCUUUACCUAAACCUCAAUUAUACGUUCUUGCAAUUGUUUUUAUUGAAUAUUUUAAAUAUUAGAGCCUUCAUACAUCCAUCGUCCUUGAAUCGAAGAAUCCGCCUUUGUUAUUACUCCUCUUGCAGGAUCAGAGAGGCCUGUAAUAACUGCUUUAUCCAUCAGUCUCAAAAAUGCAGAGUUUUGUUGUUAGUGUUUUUAAUAAUAUGAGUCUGAGAUGAUGAUAAAAAAACCUACCAGGUUUGGUGGAGAAACUGGAAAGGGAUAAAGAAUGUCAGCAACAGGGAAACGGGAAUAGUAUUGUCAGAGUAGGCGGAGCAGAUUAAAACAGCCAGCGAUUAAGUGAAUAUCAGAUUGUGUCAGAAAAAAACUGAAUCUCAUGUUGUGAGCGCAAAGACUUCAAGCCCAAUAUGAGGGGAAGAGAUGUGUUUUUGUCUGUUCAUCAUGUGAAUAUCAUUUACCUGGCAUAACAACAGGGAUAAAAUAUUGUCCCCACUCAAUUUAAUCUAAUGACAUGACAGGAUAUUUUGCAGUUAAUUAGACCCUGGUUUUGCACAUGUCAUCAAUUUGACUACUCUAAGAGUAUAGACUGACAAAUUAAGUACAUUUGUAGAAUGUUUGCCUCCAUUAUAUGUGCUGCACAUGAGCAGACUCUAGUAGAAGAGAGUUUGAGCAUCGAUCGACUCCACAAAAAAUAACUCACUCACCAAAAUGGUGAUCAGUCAAUACAUUCUGGUAUUGUAGGGGGUUCCCCCAAAAAAUAAGAGGGCCUAUCAAACACUCUCAAAUGAGAUUCACCCUUGUGAUAACUGUGACUUGGCUUUUGGUUCUGGCACCUCCCAGUGUUUUCAUAGGUCAAGGCGACAAUACCGGGCUUGGAGAAGCUUUUUUGUCCAAUUUUAAGAAGCAUUCAACUAUGUAGUGUGUGUGUAUAUAUUUUUUGUUUUGAAGAAUUGGUAACUUUUACAAAUUUAAUGUGGAUAGAAAGAAACGUUCCACUUGUGAAAAUGGAGUGUCGUGUGGUUUUAUAAACAUUUUAUCUCAAGCACUUUAUAACCUCUAGAUAAUCCUUAUAUUCGUCCACAGCUCUCUACUGACCCAGCUGAAUUUGUACUCGGAACUAUUCAGUUAAAAAAACGAAAAAAGUAACACAGCAGUUGUCUUUGUAAAGGUAAAUACAUCUUAAUCAAGCAUUUUUACAUUAUUUUGUAGGUCUAUGACAACUUUGUAUAGGAUGUCUACUCACUGUUGAAUUCCUCUUUGUAUUCAGUCUCAGUGGUCCAGUCUAAACAAACAGCCAUUCCCACAAAAGCAUUGUCAAUUUUCAGUGUUGGAGUGGUAAGUAGGCCUUUGUGUUUUACACACUGACACAACACCCUAAAAUACUGAUUUGUUUUAGUUAGUCCAUGAAAU